UCCCGGUGAAAGACAGACUGCGGGGCGCCUGGAAACCGGUCCGAGGGCGCGCGAGGGAGAGGAGAGCAAGCGAGUUGAGGGAUUGACACAAAUGGUCAGGCGGCGGCGGCGGAGGAGGAGGCGGAGGCGCAGGGGGGAGCCGAGGCUGCUGGGCUGCCGAGAGUUGCGCGCUCUACCCGGCCGCCGCCACUAGCGCGGCGCCGCCAGCCGGGAGCCAGCUAACCGAGGGCCAGGAAGGCGGGACGCGACCCCGGCGCGCCCGAGCCAGCCGGGCUCUCCCCGCAGCCCGCGCUUCAUGAAUCGCAAGUUUCCGCGGCGGCGGCGGCUGCGGGACGCGGAGCGGGAGCCGGGGGAGCGGGCCGAGCACUGCUUGGGCUCGACGGAGGGCACCGGCGGGGAGGAGAUCGCCCCGGCCGCAGGGGGAGCAGCCGCCGGCCGCGCCACAGCCAGCCCCAGCCGAGAGGCGCCAAGAAAGGAGCCGAGAAAGUAUGGCUGAGGAGGAGGCGCCUAAGAAGUCCCGGGCCGCCGCCGCCAGCGGCGCAAGCUGGGAACUUUGUGCCGGGGCGCUGCGCACUGGACCGGUGGCGGAGGGGAGCGGGGACGCGGGCAGCCGCCGCCGUCCCCCCCCAGUUGACUCCGGGCGCUUGGCGCGCGGGCUGCUACUACUGCUUUGGCUGCUGGAGGCUCCGCUGCUGCUGGGGGUCCGGGCGCAGGCGGCCGGCCAGGGGCCCGGGCCGGGGCAGCAGCCCCCGCCGCCUCAGCAGCAGCAGAGCGGGCAGCAGUACAACGGCGAGCGGGGCAUCUCUAUACCGGACCACGGCUACUGCCAGCCCAUCUCCAUCCCGCUGUGCACGGACAUCGCAUACAACCAGACCAUCAUGCCCAACCUGCUGGGCCACACGAACCAGGAGGAUGCGGGCCUCGAGGUGCACCAGUUCUACCCGCUAGUGAAGGUGCAGUGCUCCGCGGAGCUCAAGUUCUUCCUGUGCUCCAUGUACGCGCCCGUGUGCACCGUGCUGGAGCAGGCUCUGCCGCCUUGCCGCUCCCUGUGCGAGCGCGCGCGCCAGGGCUGCGAGGCGCUCAUGAACAAGUUCGGCUUCCAGUGGCCUGACACGCUCAAGUGCGAGAAGUUCCCGGUGCACGGCGCUGGCGAGCUGUGCGUGGGCCAGAACACGUCGGACAAGGGCACCCCGACGCCCUCGCUGCUGCCUGAGUUCUGGACCAGCAACCCACAGCACGGCGGUGGAGGCUUCCGGGGGGGAGGCUUCGCGGGGGGCGCCGGCGCGUCGGAACGAGGCAAGUUCUCGUGCCCGCGCGCCCUCAAGGUGCCCUCCUACCUCAACUACCACUUCCUGGGGGAGAAGGACUGCGGCGCGCCCUGCGAGCCGACCAAGGUGUACGGGCUUAUGUAUUUUGGGCCGGAGGAGCUGCGCUUCUCGCGCACCUGGAUCGGCAUCUGGUCAGUGCUGUGCUGCGCCUCCACGCUCUUCACGGUGCUCACGUACCUGGUGGACAUGCGGCGCUUCAGCUACCCGGAGCGGCCCAUCAUCUUCCUGUCGGGCUGCUACACGGCAGUGGCCGUGGCCUACAUCGCCGGCUUCCUGCUGGAGGACCGGGUGGUGUGUAACGACAAAUUCGCGGAGGAUGGGGCACGCACGGUGGCGCAGGGCACCAAGAAGGAGGGCUGCACCAUCCUCUUCAUGAUGCUCUACUUCUUCAGCAUGGCCAGCUCCAUCUGGUGGGUGAUCCUGUCGCUCACCUGGUUCCUGGCGGCCGGCAUGAAGUGGGGCCACGAGGCCAUCGAGGCCAACUCGCAGUACUUUCACCUGGCCGCCUGGGCCGUGCCGGCCAUCAAGACCAUCACCAUCCUGGCGCUGGGCCAGGUGGACGGCGAUGUGCUGAGCGGGGUGUGCUUCGUGGGGCUCAACAACGUGGACGCACUGCGCGGCUUCGUGCUGGCGCCACUCUUCGUGUACCUGUUCAUCGGCACGUCCUUCCUACUGGCCGGCUUCGUGUCCCUCUUCCGCAUUCGCACUAUCAUGAAGCACGACGGCACCAAGACCGAGAAGCUGGAGAAGCUCAUGGUGCGCAUCGGCGUCUUCAGCGUGCUCUACACGGUGCCAGCCACUAUCGUCAUUGCCUGCUACUUCUACGAGCAGGCCUUCCGGGACCAGUGGGAGCGCAGCUGGGUGGCCCAGAGCUGCAAGAGCUAUGCUAUCCCCUGCCCCCACCUCCAGGCGGGCGGCGCCCCGCCGCACCCGCCCAUGAGCCCUGACUUCACAGUCUUCAUGAUCAAGUAUCUUAUGACGCUGAUCGUGGGCAUCACGUCAGGCUUCUGGAUCUGGUCCGGCAAGACCCUCAACUCCUGGAGGAAGUUCUACACUAGGCUCACCAAUAGCAAACAGGGGGAGACCACCGUCUGAGACCGGGGACUCAGCCCAUUCCCAGCCCUCGGCCUGGUCCCAGCCACCCCAAAAAGCUGGCCCUAUGGAAUCCUUGCCAAGUCUGGCUACUCGAGCCUUUCUCACUAGCCAUUCACUUUCGAGGGCUCCUUUUAACAACAAGCCUCCUGCAAAAGCUUCUGUCGCCGGGGGCAAAGGGACUCGAGGGCCCAACUGCCAGAGGGGGAUGGACAGACCUCUCUUGCUCUGGUACCAGGACUGUACGCUUUUAUGAUUGUAAAUAGCCUGUGUAAGAUUUUUGUAAGUAUAUUUGUAUUUAAAUGACGACCGUUCACGGGUUUUUCUUUUAGUUUCCUUUUUUUUUUUUUUUUGGUUUAAAUUGUAAUUAUUUAGGGCGGUUUAACCAUUUGAGACUUUUUCUUCUUGCCCUUUGCAGAGUACCGCAGAGAGAAAACCAGAGCUCACUGCUCGUUGCUUCUGUUGGUGCUGGCUCGCCCCUCCCUUACGCGGGGUGGGGAGCGCUUGGGUUUGCACCGCCCGGAUCACUUUCCUGCUCCUCUGUCUGCUCCCUCCCUCCCCGUCCUUGCUGGGGUCCGGGCUCUUAAGGUACAGAACUCCACAAAGCUUGCAAGUCCGAGAGUGGAACCCCGCCCAUCCCAAGUCAGCCCUUGUCCGGGGCCAGAUUGCAAACGCCUGUCCCUUAGACUAUACGAAGCUGAAAUUUUCACUGUCCAGAACCUUACCCCUAGCUUCGAGGAGGCCCACGGAUGUGGGCACUAGAAGCUGCAGCCUCCCUCGCUCUGGCCUCAAACACCCAGACACUCCCUUCUUCCACCUAAGUUGGUUAGAGGGUGAGUGGGAUAACCAAUGCCAAACUUUUUUUAAGUCUAAUUUUUGGUAGAUGAGCUCAUUUCAUUCUCCAGCGUCUAAAACCUGGUAUGGGUUCGCCCAGCGUCAUGGAAAGAUGUGGUUACUGAGAUUUGGGAAGAGGCAUGAAUCUUUGUGUGGGUUGGGAGAGACUGAAGAUGGGAGUUAUAAAAUGUUAAUUCUAAUUGCAUACGGAUGCCUGGCAACCUGCCUCUAGGAUUGACACAGCCUGCAUAAAGAUUUACCGUUCUGUAAAAUGGAAAUGUUAGGUCACCUGGAAAGCUUUGUUAAGGAGCUGAUCUUUGCUUUCCGUAACAGGACAGCAAAACGGUAAACUGAAUAUGAAAACUUGAAGGAGAUUUCAGUGUAAUGGACGUCCUCAAAAUGAAGUGCUACUUUCUUAUUUUCAAUCAAAUAAUAAUUAGACAUAUAUCAGAAACUUUAAAAUGUAAAACUUGUACACUUUCAACAUAUUAUUACGAUUAUUAUUCAACAACACAUUCUGAGGGAGAAACAAUCCACAUCACUAAUAAUAACCUGGUAAGAUUCCAGGCGGUAAAGGAGGUGGAAUAAUUGAUGGGAUUAGCUCCUGAAAUAAACAAAAUAUGGGCAUGCAUGCUAAAGGGAGAAUGUGUGCAGGUCUACUGCACUAAAUCCUGUGUGCUCCUUUUUGGAUUUACAGAAAUGUGUCAAAUGUAAAUCUUUCAAAGCCAUUUAAAAAUAUUCACUUUAGUUCUCUGUGAAAAAGAGGAGAAAAGCAAUCCUCCUGAUUGUAUUGUUUUAAACUUUUAAGAGUUUAUCAAAAUGCCGGUACUUAGGACCUAAAUCUAUCUAUGUCUGUCAUACCCUAAAAUGACAAUGGUCUUUGAAUUUGGUAUGCAUUUAUUCUGUUCAUUAUCACAAAAUCAUCUAUAUUUAUAGAGGAAUAGAAGUUUAUAUAUAUAAUACCAUAUUUUUAAUUUCGCAAAUAAAAAAAUCAAAGUUUUGUACAAAA